CUCAAUGAUUUGAAAAUUGGCAUCAUCAUCGCUGAUUGUGUCGUUUACAAUUUUAAUUGUCAUUCCUAUUAAAAGUACAAGAAAUAAAUUAAUUACCAAUUAAUUAAAUAAUUGUUGAAGAAAACAAAAUAAAAAUGAGUUUCAAUUUGGCAUCACGUGAAUCCAGUGGACCCGUGGGUGAGAGUUUCGAUAUGCCAACAGGCGCAUAUGGUGCACCGGACCCAAUGAUUCAUGGUUUAGUUAACCCACGUCAAAAUCUUGGAUUUAAUCAUCCUCUUGAAGCGUCAGAACGUAACUUUCAUCAAACUCGCCUGCAACGUGAAAUGAAUUUGAUGAGAAAUGUCCAAGGUCUACAUGCACCAAUACGUUUAGCAAUGGAGCUGAAAGCUGCUGAUCAAGUUGGCCGGCAUCCGUUUUUGCCAUCAUCAAAUAUAAUGCGCGAUGUUUUGUUGGGACGUGACGAAGAAAUUGGAUUUGAAGACGUACUGAACCCAUCAGAAUUCAGAGAGCAAAUGCUCCAGCCCCAUGCAGUUGUGGAAAAAAAACUCCGGUUAUUGUAAUUUAAUAAUAAUAAUUAAUAAGUUGGUAAUGUAUUUCUCCGCAUUACAUAAAAAAUAAAUCUUUAAAAUAAUUAA